UGACAAGACUGAUAUGCCAUUAUCACUGACUGCAAAUCCUGGCCAAUUCAGUUUUCUCUAGGCAAUACGAAUGGAGCUUAUCGCAACUUAUAGCCAAUGGUAGAUGUUGAUAAAUAAGGAGAACUCACGCUGAACCAAUAUGUCGACUUCACGAAACAGUGAUAUUGUUGUAUGUCUAAAAAAUACACCGAAGGGGCGACUUAAUUACGACCGAAGUCGACAUGUGACAAAGAAAUUCUUAGAUCAGUGUUCUUCCCCGCCGGAGUUGAAACAUCUUCACGACGAGUCCAAAUAUAGAUACAUCAAUCCAAAUUAUCAACGCAAAAACCAACAGCAGCUGAAGGAAAAAGGAGAUGAAGAAAAACAAGAAAAAUCUGAAGAAUCUUCCUAUGAUGACAGUUGCGAGGACUCUGGAUCACUGGAUUUUGAGAAACUCCGGAUCAAGACCUCGCCCUGUAAGCCUGCCCUGGCAGUGUCUCCAGACUUUGCUCGGAGUGUGAAGGCUAUAAAGGAAUAUGAACACCAGUAUGACAAUAGGGUCAAGGAUGCAUUGGAGAAAAAGGCUAAAGAGUUUCAAACACACAGUAGUGAGCUGCAACAGAAAGCACAGAAACAACUGAAGGAUCUGGAACGCAAAAACAUAAUGAAAGCCCUUCAAGUACAAGAGACCACACUUCUACAGCAUAAAAAAGGGACAGAUGAAUCUGCAAAAGUUCAGCUGAAGAUGCAGGAGGACCACAGAAAACAUGCUCAGAUGCUAGAAAGAAAACAUGAGAAGAUUCAAGAGGAAAUUAGAAAAAAAGAACAAGAAAAGAAGGAGAGAGAAGACAAAUUGAAACAACUGUUAACAGACCUUAACACUGUCCAGAGCCGAAUACUAACUAUACAGCCCAAAUGUGCAGUACAGAACAAGCUGGCUGACCAGUGUAAACUGAUAGUGGAGAGAAUUCGCAAGACCACCACCGACCUGGAAAACCAUAUCAUCCAUGAGUUACAAUCAGGGGAGAUAAACCAAAGCCUUCCGGACAAACUGAAGGAAGCCGUCAUGUUUGCACUGAAUGCUUAUGAAGCUAUAUCAAAGAGAAUAGAAGAGGAAAACAGGAAGAUAGAGGAGGAGAAAGCAAAGGCGGCAGCAGCUGCCGAAGCUAAAAGACUGGAGGAACAGGCCAAGGCAGCAGCUGCUGCAGCAGCCCCAGUAGCUACCUCUACGCCGAUACCUUCGUCUUCAGACAAGAACAAUCCAUCUUUGACACCCGGGAUCUCGCCCGUGACUGAAGCCUCUGGAGCGACACAGUUGGCAGAGCAUGAAAUUCAGUGUGUAGAUAUAGACGCGUUCCAAUGGUACACCAAACUUCAAGACAAUAUGAAAAAGACAGAGGAGCUCAUAAAAGCUUUAUCAAGCCCAGAGUCCAAAAAGUUGAAAUUUGACUUGCAAAAGGCUGUCAAUACACCGAUUAAUGCCAUAUCUCAAGUCAGCGGUGAACACAUGCGAGAGAAGCUGAAGCGUCUGCUGGACUUGAUGUCAGGCAAGUCUGUGGAGGUGGGCAGUAAACGAGUCAGUGUAGGUGUCCACCCACAGGCUCUUACCUUCUGUAAAUAUCUAGCCGCCAAGAUGUUUGUGAAAAAAGGAGACGAGCAGGUGUCGUCUAAACACGAGACAGCGUUUGCCACAGCGAUGGUAUUCGUUGGUCUGUGGAUGGAACAUCCUGACAUUGGAGAGCUGUUCCUGGGUCACCUCCACAGCGCCUGUCCCUACACUGUCCCUUACUACAUCCCUAGACAGGAGGGCCAGUCGUCGGAGGACUACCGCAAAGCGUUGGGCUACAGAUACAACUCUGACGGAAGUGUGGAAAAACAUGACCAGUUCCUUAAGAGGAUGUCCGGUAUGAUGCGGUUAUAUGCAGCCAUCCUCGUAGCACCACCCCCUCCACUCCGGGGAACAACCAACAGUCACCCAUACGGAGUAGAAAAUGCAUGGAUUUGGCUUUCACGUGUGAUGAACAUCUAUCCUCAUCCGGACAUUACAGCGACCAUGAUUUACGACAUGUUACAUGUAGCUGGGAAUGCUUUGUACACCAGAUACGGGAAACAGUUCCAAAAGCUCUUAUAUAUGUUGAUCAAGGAAUAUUUACCAAAAUUAAAACAAGUGGCCACAGCCUCAGGUGGCGGGCCACUGACUCGACUAGAGACUUUUCUGGAAACUUGCCUCAAACACAACAGGCAAAUACCGCAUCCAGAAGGAUUCUUACAAGCAGACUUCUGGCUUUCAUCUUGACGUAAACAUCUUUAGCAGAACUAAUACCAGGUUACCCAAUCCAGAAGGAUUUUUACUAUUAGACGACUUCUGAUUUUCAUCUUGACAUAAACAUCAUUAGCAGAACUAAUAUCAGGUUACCCAAUCCCGAAGGAUUUUUACUAGCAGACUUCUUGCUCUCAUCUUGACAACAUCAGUAGCAGCAUUGAUGCUGAGGUGGUUAAAGUUGAAAAACACCUGUUUCUGACAUAAUUAUCUUAAUGUCUCAAUAAUUACAAACAAAUAUUUCAAAUUUCAGUCAACAGAUAAUACCCACCCCACAGCCUGCUUCAAAUUUUAUUAAGCAUCUUUUGUUAACAGAUCACUGUAUUUACUGAUGUUUAAAUAGUGUCCGACCAAUGGGUUUGUGAUAGAGGACCUAUACUGUUACCAUUCUAGAAAUUAUCUAGUCCCUUCUUCCCCUGAGGAUUUCUGUUGAAGAGUUCCUAUGUGUGCUUUACAUUGUUUACAUGUUAUGUAAAUUUUCCAUAUUGAAGUAUAUUUAAAUAUCAUUUUAAAUAACUUAUUUAAAAAUAACAAAAUUGUUUUAAAUUCCAUCUCACUAAUGACACAGUCAUUCUAUUUUAAUAUGGAUUUUUUAACGGACCUAUUUGAAAAAUACUAUAUUGUAGUAGACAUCAGAAACUUGCUAUUUGUACAUGGUAUGUUAUAUUUUCGGUUUUAAUUAUAACAAAAUCAUGAGCACUUGAAAUCUUACCCAGAAGUAUUAUUUAGAACAGAGUGCAUUUUACUACUGUCACUAGUCAGAAAUUGAUAUUGCUUAUCUUGUUGACUAUAUUGGGUUAGCGGAAUUUGCCAAUGGACUAGUAAAAACUGGAAAUAACUUUCCCAAUUGACAAGUGGUAUUUAAAAUUAAUUUUUAGCUCUGCAUGAUGGUUAUCAACUUCUUUAUCGAAAAUAAAUAAAAAUUUCACAAAUUAAAAUAUUUCAUGAAUGUCUUGUUAAAUUGACUAAUCACAACUUUGGCAUGGAUUUGAUCCUAAUUAGUUUAAAAGGAGAUCAUAAUCAUUCAUCAUGUUUUUACCACUUUUUUCUUAUUUAUUUUCUUCUUGUAUACAAGGUUUGGUUCGUGGGACAGUGUGAUCAGAAAAUCUUCUUUUAUAAAUGAAAUGUUGAAUCAAAAUUUUCACCGAGUCUCCUUCAAAAUGACAUUUAGAUGGUUUUAGCAGAUGAGAUUGUUCCAGACAAAAUCUAAAAAUCUAAAAUCUACGGUGUAACUAUUGUUCUUGAUUAGUUUUCUGUCCUAAUCCUUACAUUUCUUUUAUUUUCUUGGCAUUUAUGAUUGGAAGAUUAACAAGAGAUUACAGGGGCCUCUGAGGUCGAGCUUACAUAGGGUUUCAAUUUCUUGUCUUACAUGAUCAGUAUCCACUCCCUCAGCAUGGAUGUGCUCUUUUAUACUUGUUCAGAAAUGUAAGGAUUAGAACAUAAAAUCAAUCGAAAAAUCAUUUCUUCUAUGUACAGUAUUACAAAAUUAUAUGUACUUGUCAUGUCCACAUAAAAACAUAAAAAUCAGAAAAAUUGCAUUCAAUAUUGCCUUUAAGAGUUAUCUGAACAAACUCAUUUUGCCUGGAACUUGAAAUAACCUGAGGUUUUCAGGGCCUUUUUUAAAACUAUAUCCAUUAAUCAUCAUACAUAUAAAAUAAAGAUGCAAUUUUAAUAUCAAAUUUAUUUAAAAAGUGAAAUUAAUUACACGACUAGCUCUCUUGUUAAUCAAAUGAUGUUUUCUUGAUUUGGGGCAUUUUCAUAACUGAGGGAUCCUACUUAAUUUGACAACUUUGAUGUCUGAAGAUAUUAUAAUGAAAACAUAUUCUUACAAUUGUACAAUCUGUCGAGUUGUUCUUCUGAAUGUCAUUUUAUUUUAUUAAAAUUUUUAUGAUGCAUCAUGAAUGGGUAAACUAUAUAUUUUUUUCAUCUCACAGUUAUUAUAAAUAUCAUGUUUUGUCAAAUAAAGUCAUGCGAAAUAA